UCAAGCCGCGGGGCCGGCCGGAUGGCGGGCGGCGCGGGCUGGGCGGGCGCCCCCGCGGCUCUGCUGCGCUCCGUGCGCCGCCUGCGCGAGGUGUUCGAGGUGUGCGGCCGCGACCCCGACGGCUUCCUGCGCGUGGAGCGCGUCGCGGCGCUGGGGCUGCGCUUCGGCCAGGGCGAGGAGGUGGAAAAACUUGUCAAAUAUUUGGAUCCCAACGACCUUGGGAGAAUCAACUUCAAGGACUUUUGCCGAGGGGUGUUCGCCAUGAAAGGGUGCGAGGAGCUGCUGAAAGAUGUGCUGUCCGUGGAGAGCGCAGGGACGCUGCCCUGCACGCCCGAGAUCCCAGACUGUGCGGAGCAGGGCAGCGAGGUGCCAGGCCCUACCUUUGCUGAUGGCGAGCUCCUCCCCAGGGACCCCAGCUUCUUUCCCGAGGACGAGGAGGAGGCUAUGACGCUGGCCCCACCCGAGGGCCCCCCGGAGUCAGACAUGGACAGCCCCAUGGAGAGCAUGCAGAGCCUGGAGGGGUCGGUUGGGAGUCCUGCCGAGGAGAAGGACGGAGGGCUCGGGGGCCUGUUCCUGCCGGAGGACAAGUCCCUGGGCCACGCCCCAUCCAUGACCACGUCGGACCUCUCCACACACUCCACCACCUCGCUUAUCAGCAACGAGGAGCAGUUUGAAGACUAUGGAGAGGGGGACGACGUGGACUGUGCCCCCAGCAGCCCCUGCCCCGAUGACGAGACCAGGACCAACGUUUACUCGGACCUGGGAUCUUCAGUGUCUUCCAGUGCGGGGCAGACACCCAGGAAAAUGCGGCACGCCUACAACAGCGAAUUGCUGGAUGUUUACUGCUCUCAGUGCUGUAAGAAGAUCAACCUGCUGAAUGACCUGGAAGCCCGACUGAAAAACCUGAAGGCCAACAGCCCUAACCGGAAGAUCUCUAGCACGGCCUUUGGACGGCAGCUCAUGCACAGCAGCAACUUCAGUAGCAGUGAUGGUAGCACUGAGGACCUGUUCCGAGACAGCAUUGACUCCUGUGACAACGACAUCACGGAGAAGGUGAGCUUCCUGGAAAAAAAAGUGACAGAACUGGAGAAUGACAGUCUGACCAAUGGGGACCUGAAGAGCAAGCUGAAGCAGGAGAACACACAGCUCGUGCACAGGGUGCACGAGCUGGAGGAGAUGGUGAAAGAUCAGGAGACCAUGGCCGAGCAGGCCCUGGAGGAGGAGACGCGGCGGCACCGCGAGGCCUACGGCAAGCUGGAGAGAGAGAAGAGCACGGAGAUCGAGCUGCUCAACACCAGGGUGCAGCAAUUAGAGGAGGAAAACACUGAGCUCAGAACAACAGUGACCCGGCUCAAGUCACAAACAGAGAAGCUGGAUGAGGAGCGGCAGCGCAUGUGUGACCGGCUGGAGGACACCAGCCUGCGGCUCAAAGAUGAGACGGACCUGUACAAGCGCGUGACGGACAAGCUGCGGCAGAACCGCCUUGAGUUCCAAAAGGAACGGGAGGCGACGCAGGAGCUCAUCGAGGACUUGCGGAAGGAACUAGAGCACCUGCAGAUGUACAAGCUGGACUGUGAGCGGCCAGGCCGGGGACGCAGCUCGUCCUCUGGCCUGGGCGAGUUCAACGCCAGGGCCCGCGAGGUGGAGCUGGAGCAUGAGGUCAAGCGGCUCAAGCAGGAGAAUCAUAAGCUGCGGGACCAGAAUGACGACUUGAAUGGACAGAUCUUGAGCCUCAGCCUCUAUGAAGCAAAGAACCUCUUUGCCACCCAGACCAAAGCCCAGUCUCUGGCCGCAGAAAUAGACACGGCCUCUCGCGAUGAGCUCAUGGAAGCCCUGAAGGAGCAGGAGGAGAUCAACUUCCGGCUGAGGCAGUACAUGGACAAGAUUAUCCUUGCCAUCCUGGACCACAACCCCUCCAUCCUUGAGAUCAAACACUGAGACGAGGGCUGGCUGCAGAGCGGCCUCGGGACCCUCCCAGCCCUGGACCCUGGGACCAAGGCGCAGACCCCACUUGAGGAUGCGGCCCAAGCCAGGCCACACACACACACACACACACACACACUGUAAACAUCUCUGGCCACCAUGUCCUGUGUACUGAUGCGUAUGUGGGGAAGCCGCUCACACAGCAAGGGGUGAGCGUGGGGCUGUGAGUGUCAUCUGCACAGUUACUGCCCGUGCACUUUGCAGUCCCCUUGCAAGAGCGGAUGGUCCUGGAGGGUGGGAGGGGCAAGGUCUGCUAUCAGGAGUUACUGUAAUAACAAGAACUGGAAGACUGUGUUUCAGGUA